GGACACGACGCCGCUUCGGGCAGCUCGAUGUGCGCGGACGGGAGCCCGGAGCCGGAGCGUGUGAUGGAUGCAGGCGGGUAGGCGUGCAUGCAAAAUGUCUGCGGGCGUGUGUGCGGUGUGAGUGGAUGGGUGGAUGGGUGCUGCGUCUGGCGCUCACUAGUUAUUGUUAGUCUUACUCAAUUGCUCACUCGCUCACUUGGUCGCUCGCUCGCUGGACUCACUGCCACUGCCACAUUUUGCCGCUGGUGGUGGUGGUGGUGUGGUGGUGCGUGCCUUCCUAUAGCCAACGGCGUGACGGUGUGGCGCCUGUGCGUGCUGCUGCGGUCGGAAGGGUGGCGCAGCGAGGGUGUGAUGCCGUUUCGCGAUUUCACUACAAGGCCAUGUGGCUGGCUGGCUGGCUGGCUGGAUGAAUGGGCGAAUAAACAGCACGGUAAGACUGCAAGCCGCGAGUAUGUGUGCGUUUAGGCACGAGGUAAGAGAUGUGAGCAGGCAGUGCGCUUACAGCCCAGCAGGGGAGGCGAGUUCAGCGACGUGAGAUGAGACGAAGUGGGCAAGGCACGUAUGUAUGUACGGAUUGGAUUGA